UCGUUAAAUUUUGCAGGGUGGCAAGCUUUGAACCGGGUGGUAGCCUGCCGCGUAUGACGUAUAUAAAAAGCGUGCAAUUUCAUAAGUUGCGUCUAGUUUGCAAAAAGAAUAAUACGAAAUGUCAAUAAAACUGAAGGCAAAUGUAAACAAUCCGCCCAUAAGCGGCUUGGCAACGGCGCAUUUGAUUAAUGCAACGGUGCCCGUGGAAAUUGUUUGGGGGAAGGAGACGUCGCUGCAAUUUCCGGAUAACCGGAUAAUCAUCUGCCACUCCAACAACGAUGUGUUGCGCGCCUUGGCACGUGCUGCCCCCGCCUACAAGCUGUAUGGUGAGACGGCAAUAGAGCGCACACAAAUCGACCACUGGCUGUCCUUUUCACUCACCUGCGAGGAUGACAUCUCCUGGGCGCUGGAAUUUCUGGAUAAAUCCAUUGCGCCUGUGACUUAUCUGGUGGCGAAUAAAUUGACAAUUGCGGACUUUGCGCUCUUUAAUGAGAUGUAUUCACGCUACGAGUUUCUGGCGACUAAGGGGAUUCCCCCGCAUGUGCAGCGUUGGUUUGAUUUGAUCAGCGCACAGCCGUUAAUUCAAAAAGUGCUGCAAUCUCUGCCGGAAGAGGCACGUGUCAAGCGCACAAUUGCUGCUCCCAAGAGCGGAGGCGGAGAGCGCAAACAGGAGGGCAAAUUUGUGGAACUUCCUGGCGCGGAGAUGGGCAAAGUUGUGGUGCGUUUUCCGCCAGAGGCAUCCGGUUAUCUGCACAUUGGACACGCCAAGGCGGCGCUUUUAAAUCAAUACUACGCCCUGGCCUUCCAGGGCACCUUAAUCAUGCGCUUCGACGACACCAAUCCCGCCAAAGAGACUGUGGAAUUUGAGAAUGUUAUACUCGGUGAUCUGGAGCUGCUGCAGAUCAAACCAGAUGUCUUUACCCAUACCUCCAACUACUUUGAUCUCAUGCUGGAUUACUGUGUUCAGUUGAUCAAGGAGAACAAGGCCUAUGUGGAUGAUACGCCGCCCGAGCAGAUGAAACUAGAACGCGAACAGCGCGUCGAGUCGGCAAAUCGUUCCAACUCUGUUAACAAGAAUCUGGAAAUGUGGCAGCAGAUGCUGCAAGGCACCGAGGCUGGACAAAAGUGCUGUGUGCGCGCCAAGAUCGACAUGUCCUCGCCCAACGGAUGCCUGCGGGAUCCCACCAUCUACCGCUGCAAGAACGAACCGCAUCCACGCACCGGCACCAAGUACAAGGUAUAUCCCACCUAUGAUUUUGCCUGCCCCAUUGUGGAUGCCAUUGAGAAUGUUACCCACACACUGCGUACCAUGGAAUAUCACGAUCGUGACGAUCAAUUCUAUUGGUUUAUUGAUGCAUUGAAGCUUCGCAAACCUUAUAUUUGGGAAUACAGUCGCCUCAAUAUGACAAAUACGGUGUUAUCGAAAAGGAAGUUAACUUGGUUUGUGGACUCUGGUCUGGUGGAUGGCUGGGAUGAUCCACGUUUUCCCACGGUGCGUGGUAUCCUGCGCAGGGGCAUGACCGUCGAGGGGCUCAAGGAGUUCAUCAUUGCCCAGGGCAGCAGUAAAUCUGUGGUCUUUAUGAACUGGGACAAGAUCUGGGCGUUCAACAAGAAGGUAAUCGAUCCCAUUGCACCACGUUACACGGCCUUGGAGCACGACAAACGCAUCGUUGUGAAUGUGGCAGGCGCCAAGUUGGAGCAGGUUCAGGUGCCAGUGCAUCCCAAGGAUGAUAAGCUGGGCACCAAGACGGUCACCUUGGGUCCACGCAUCUACAUUGACUACGUGGACGCGGAGGCGCUGAAGGAGGGCGAAAAUGCCACCUUCAUCAACUGGGGCAACUUGCUCAUCAAGAAGGUGCACAAGGAUGCAAGUGGCAACAUCACUUCGGUGGAUGCAGCACUCAAUUUGGACAACAAGGACUUUAAGAAGACACUGAAACUCACUUGGCUCGCCGUUGAAGAGGACUCCAAUGCUUAUCCGCCCACACAUUGUGUCUACUUUGAUAACAUUAUCAGCAAAGCGGUGCUGGGCAAGGAUGAGGACUUUAAGCAAUUCAUUGGCCACCAGACACGUCAUGAGGUUAAAAUGCUCGGUGAUCCCGAGCUCAAGAAGUGCAAAAAGGGUGACAUUAUUCAGUUGCAACGUCGCGGCUUCUUUAAGGUGGACAACGCCUAUGCUCCUCCUAGUCCCUAUACCAAUGUCGCCUCGCCCAUCAUACUCUUCUCCAUUCCCGAUGGCCACACCAAGGAUGUGCCCACCUCAGGACUCAAGAUCAAUGCAGCAGCUACAGCGUCGGUGGCCAAAACAAACACUGCCAACAAUAAAACUGCCAACGCUGCAACAUCGAAAUCCGCCGAUUUGGAUAAACAAAUUGUGCAACAAGGCGAUUUAGUGCGUGAUUUAAAAGGCAAAAAGUCGCCAAAGGCAGAAAUUGAUGUGGCUGUUAAAAAGCUGCUUGCUCUGAAAGCGGAUUACAAAGCAGCGAGUGGAACGGAUUGGAAACCAGGACAAACAACAACAAAUGUUGCUCCUCCCUCAACAGCUGCUCCUCCUGCAAGCAACGACGCUGCCACAGUAAACACCAGCAUUGUGAAACAGGGUGAUUUGGUGCGUGAUUUAAAGAGCAAAAAGGCAGCAAAAACUGAGAUCGACGCGGCUGUGAAACAUUUACUGGAAUUGAAGGCUCAAUUUAAGACCUUAACUGGACAGGAUUGGAAACCAGGUCAGACUGUAGCACCAGCUGCAAGUUCAGUUUCCGUUCCUGCUUCCUCUUCCGCUCCAGCUGCCACUGGCAUUGCUGAUAUCCUAAACCAAAUUGCCGCCCAGGGUGACAAAGUGCGUGAACUAAAAUCCGCCAAAUCGGAUAAGGCAACCAUUGAUGCAGCUGUGAAGACGCUGCUCAGUCUUAAGGCGGAUUACAAGCAACUCAGCGGCAGCGAUUGGAAACCCGGAGUCACAGCUCCCGUUGCAGCUGGCGUUACGGUUAAGCAGGAGAAAUCACCGGAACCGGCAGCUGUCAGCUCCGUCAGCACAUUGCUGGACAAGAUCAGUCAGCAGGGUGACAAAAUCAGGCAAUUGAAAUCAGCCAAAGCGGAGAAAUCUCAAAUUGACGCAGAGGUGAAGCUGCUGCUGGCACUGAAAACGGAUUACAAGAGUCUGACGGGCCAGGAGUGGAAACCGGGCACAGUUGCUGCCACUCCCACUCCCGUUGCCACCGUGGAUCUGACAGCCGAGAGUUCCAGCAGUGACAUACAGGGUAUACUCAAUAAAAUCCAACUUCAGGGCGAUAAAAUACGUCAAUUGAAAUCUGCCAAGGCAGCCAAGGCAUCGAUAGACAUUGAAGUUAAAUCCCUGCUCGCAUUAAAAGCUGAAUACAAGCAGCUCAGUGGCAAGGAUUGGACACCAGACGCCAAAGUGGAGGUGAAAGUGGAGGGAACCGUGAAGAUGGCAACCUCGGAAAAGGAUCAGCUUACGCUGGACAUAAAUGCCCAAGGAGAAAAGGUGCGUGCCGUUAAGGGCAGCAAGGAUGCCGCCAAGGAUGUGAUUGAUGAGGAAGUGCGCAAACUGCUGGCACUCAAGGCCAAGUACAAGGAGCUAACCGGCACCGAUUUUCCCGUAGCCGGACGUGGUGGUAACGGUGGUGCCGUCAAAAAGGCAGCCAAGGAACCACAACAGAAGGCCGCCAAGCCAGCGAAAAAGGAUGCAUCAACUUCUGCCAAACCAGAUGCCUCAGCUGGCGUUAAGAAACAAACCCGUUUGGGUCUGGAGGCUACCAAGGAGGAGAAUCUGCCCGACUGGUAUUCCCAGGUGAUCACCAAGGGUGAACUUAUUGAAUACUACGAUGUCUCCGGCUGUUAUAUCCUGCGUCAUUGGUCCUUUGCCAUUUGGAAGAGCAUCAAGAACUGGUUCGAUGGCGAGAUCACUCGCAUGGGUGUCAAGGAAUGCUACUUCCCUAUCUUUGUCUCCAAGGCGGCCUUGGAGCGUGAGAAGACGCACAUUGCGGACUUUGCACCGGAAGUGGCGUGGGUAACCAAAUCCGGAGACUCCGAACUGGCCGAACCAAUUGCAGUGCGUCCCACCUCCGAGACGGUCAUGUAUCCCGCCUAUGCCAAGUGGAUUCAGUCCUACCGAGAUCUGCCCAUUCGCCUCAACCAAUGGAACAAUGUUGUGCGCUGGGAGUUCAAGCAUCCUCAACCGUUCCUGCGCACCCGCGAGUUCCUCUGGCAGGAGGGACACACGGCAUUCGCAAGCAAGGCCGAGGCGGACAAGGAGGUGCUGGAGAUUUUGGAUCUUUAUGCGCUCGUCUACACGGAUAUGUUGGCCAUACCCGUGGUGAAGGGACGCAAGACGGAGAAGGAGAAAUUCGCUGGCGGUGAUUAUACGACAACGGUGGAGGCAUUUAUAUCCGCCUCGGGACGUGCUAUACAGGGUGCAACGAGUCAUCAUUUGGGACAGAACUUCUCCAAAAUGUUUGAGAUUGUCUACGAGGAUCCAGAGACACAACAGAAGCAGUAUGUCUAUCAGAAUUCCUGGGGCAUUACCACACGCACCAUUGGCGUCAUGAUCAUGGUGCAUGCGGAUAACCAGGGAUUGGUCUUGCCACCCCAUGUGGCCUGUGUUCAGGCCAUAGUGGUGCCUUGUGGGAUAACGGUCAGCACCAAGGAUGAGGAGCGUGCGGAGCUAUUGAAUGCCUGCAAGCAGCUGGAACAGCGUCUAACCGGUUCCGGAGUGCGUUGUGAGGGCGAUUAUCGUGACAAUUAUUCACCGGGCUGGAAAUUCAAUCAUUGGGAGCUGAAGGGUGUUCCCAUACGCAUCGAGCUGGGUCCCAAGGAUCUGAAGGCCAAGCAAAUUGUUGCCGUGCGUCGUGAUACGGGAGAGAAGCAAACGAUUGCCUUGGCGGAUGUGGAGAAGAAGAUUCCCGCUCUACUGGAGACCAUACACGAGAGUAUGCUGGCCAAGGCACAGCUGGAUCUCACAUCCCACACCAAGAUCGUGAAGAGCUGGAGCGAUUUCUGUAAUCUGCUCGAGCAGAAGAACAUGCUACUCACACCUUUUUGUGGUGACAUGAGCUGCGAGGAUAAAAUUAAAGCGGAUAGUGCUCGAGGAGAAGAGGCAGAGCCUGGUGCUCCGGCCAUGGGUGCCAAGUCGCUGUGCAUACCCUUCGAUCAACCCUCGCCCAUUGCGGACACCGACAAAUGCAUCAAUCCCAGCUGCACCAACAAACCCAAGUUCUACACGCUCUUCGGACGCAGCUACUAAACGAAGAUGAUCCCUUUGAAUAUAUACUUUUAUAAUUUUUAUAUAUAUACUCUCUGCCUCGACUUUUAAUAUUCAUCAUUAGUUUACUGUUGAACACUGGUCUGAAUUGAUUGUAUUAUCAUGCGUCAAAAUUGCGAAUUUCUGUUUUCAAAUAUAUUUUUCAAAUAUAAAUACAGUUAAAAACUUGUCAACU